AUGGGGCUAUUUCCGGACGAGACGUCUUCCCCGCGCCAUUUCCACACGAUGAAGUGGGUAGGGUUGGCAGUGGGAUGUCUCGCCAAAUUUGUGACGGGGUCAUUGUUUGUCUUCAACGUAUAUGAAAACGCUAUCAAGACCACAUUUAAUUACACCGAAACUGAAGUUCAACUUCAGUCAUCGCUGCUUAACAUAGGACUUGGCUUUGGUUUCAUUCCCGGCAAAUUCUAUGACCAUUUUGGACCCCAAUGGGCGUCGCUAGGGGGCGUAAUUGUAUCGGUGCUUGCCUACACUCUACUAUGGAGUACCACCAAAUACGUGUCUUUCUACCAGAACAAGAGCUGGUUGAUGGCAAUCUAUUUCUUCUUGUCAGGUCUUGGAUCUGUUUUCACCUACAUGGUAGCUCUCAACACAAAUGUCAUAAAUUUUGACGAAAAACACAGAGGCAAAAUAGUGGGAUUACUCAAUGCGUUUUUCGCUGGAAGUCCGUCCGUAUUCGCGGCUAUUUAUUACCAUGUGAUAGGAGAUCCAGCAAGCACCGAAAGUUUUACAACUAUGAUGUUGAUGUUUGCCAUCUCGUUUGGUAUUACAGAUAUCAUAUGUAUGAUAUUUCUGAGAAUUUACACAAAACCGAAUGAACUUAUGGAACAACGUGAACUGCAAACUAAUAUUUCUAUGGAAGAAAGUUCAAGCACUUGCUGCGAUGAGGUAACAAAAACCAGAAAAAUUGAAGGCACUCCGCUCCGCGAUCUUUUACGAAAUGUCGAUUUUUAUAUCUUCACUUUGAUGUUUACUUUCGCUUCCACCGUUGGACUAGUGUAUGUUAUAGCUUUAACACAAACGACUGACGCCAUGAACUUUUCCUCACACGACCCCGACGUGGUGCUCAUCGUUCCCAUAACGAAUGCCUUAAUCAGUGUGUGCAUUGGGACAUUUUCUGACUACUUCAGAGAUAGGUUACCGCGGUUGACCAUUUUGAUAGCGGGAUGUAUAUCGUUCGUCGUGUGUCAGGUACUUGUAGUGUCGUUGGCAGAUGGCUACACGUGGAUCGUGAUUGCGACCAUAUUCUGCGGUAUAGGAGUUGGAUUAGUCUGGUCCAUCUCUCCGACCAUUAUGAGCGAGUUCUUCGAUGUUGCCGACCUUGGGCGAAACUGGGGUAUUGCUCUGUUCCUUGGGUCAUUAAUGGGUCUAGGAGCACAAGAAAGUUUUGGCGCUUUUUAUGACGCCGCUAAGAAAAACCCUAGUGAUAUAUACUGUAACGGUAUAGAGUGUGUUCGUCGAGGGCACGCAGUAGCAUUAGCAUCUGGUAUCGUAGCUGUCAUUCUUGGCACUGUUCUUUUGUGGAAGCGACGGAAUUCCAAUCAACAUAGAUUUGAGAGUUUUGAUUAA